AUGGCAAUUACCUGUGUAUUUUCAACUUCGCUUUAAAGGAAUUUCAUCGAAAAUAGAAGAAGUAUUGAACGUUGGAUCUGAAAUUCCAGUUGAUGGAAUAAUUGACUCACAAGAUUCCAGACCUUUAAUUCUUCCAGCCAGCAGAUCUAUCUUUUUAGCGAUAGAACGAUGUUGGGCCGACGAUGUCUUUAUUUACGGACUUUCUCAUAGGUUUUGGAAAUUGUCGCUACAGUUAGUACAGAGAUAUAAAAACUGGUUGAUGUCUAUAUUGACUGGAUUGGUGACUGAAAAAAAUGAUCAGGGCAACGACAAGCCUAUUUCAAAUGCUAAGCGAUCACCUAAUGUACCAGGAGGUAGGGUUGGAAGUCCUGCGCCGAGCUCGACUAAUGGAAAUAUAUCUACUGAGGUUCAAGAUGAUUUUUUACUGAAACGGUUGACUAUUGUGUCACAUGAUAUUGAGAACAUGGAAAUCAAGGUCAAGGAAUUUUAUCGUGAACAA